GUUAUAAAUAGUAGAGAUAAUUUCCGCUUCUCCUCCACCAUUCCAUCUCUAUCUCCCUCUCUCUAAUGGAAACGUGGGUCGGAGCUACGAUUUCAGUUUGGAUAACAAUUGCAGUAUGCUUAGUGGUAGGGGCAUGGAGAGUCGUGGACUGGAUUUGGUUGAGGCCGAAGAAAUUAGAGAACUACUUGAGAAAUCAAGGUUUCGCCGGAAAUUCUUACCAGAUUCUCCACGGAGACCUCAAGUACAGAUCCGCGGCGAAUGAUCGGGCCAACUCGAAGCCCAUGAACUUCUCCAAUCAUAUUGCUCCACGUGUCGUUCCUUCUGUUCAUCAAACCAUCCAAAUUUACGGUAAAAAUUCAUUUAUGUGGAUUGGCCCCAUUCCAAGAGUGCACAUCAUGGAGGCAGAACAGGUUAAAACAGCAUAUAUGCUAAUCAAUGAUAUCCAAAAGCCAAGUAUAAACCCUCUUGUUAAAUUGCUUGCUGAUGGACUUGUAAACCAUGAAGGAGCAAAAUGGGUUAAACACAGAAAAAUAAUCAACCCUGCAUUUCAUUUGGAGAAGUUGAAGGAUAUGGUACCAGCAUUCUCUCACAGUUGUAACGAGAUGGUUGACAAAUGGGAAAGAAUGGUCUCUAACGAGGGACUGUGCGAGUUAGAUGUGAUGCCUUAUCUGCAAAGUAUGACUGCAGAUAUUAUUUCUCGAACAGCAUUUGGGAGUAGCUACGAAAAAGGAAAAAGGAUCUUCGAACUUCAGAAAGAACUAGGUGUUCUGGCGAUUAAAUCUACCUUAAGAAUUUAUAUUCCAGGAUCGAGGUUUUUACCCACCAAGUCAAACACUAAAAUGAAAAGGAUGGAUAAAGAGAUAAAAGGUUUGAUAUUGGGUAUUAUAAAUGAAAGGCAAAAGGCUAUGGAGGCCGGUGAAGCUAUACACAAUGAUCUAUUAGGCAUUCUCAUGGAAUCUAAUCUCAACGAAAUUCGACAACAUGGAAACAACAAAGAUGUUGGAAUGAGCAUAGAAGAUGUUAUCGAAGAAUGCAAACUUUUCUAUCUUGCUGGCCAAGAAACUACAGCUACAUUACUAAUUUGGACUAUGAUUUUGUUGAGUUCACACUCAGAAUGGCAAGAACGAGCGAGAGCAGAAGUUUUACAAGUCUUUGGCAAUAGGGAGCCAGACUUUGAUGGUUUAAGUCGUCUAAAAGUUGUAACUAUGAUUUUGAACGAGGUUCUCCGGUUGUAUCCACCAGUGGGUAUGGUGAGUCGUCUUGUUCAAAAGGAAACAAGGUUUGGACAGUUGACUUUACCGGCCGGGGUGAUGUUGGGGUUACCAACAAUUCUCAUCCAACAUGAUCGUGAACUAUGGGGCGAAGAUGCUCAAGAAUUCAAACCACAGAGAUUUUCUGAGGGAGUUUCUAAAGCAACAAAAAAUAACCAAACUGCUUUCAUUCCAUUUGGUUGGGGACCUCGAAUAUGCAUUGGACAAAACUUCGCCAUGAUUGAGGCCAAAACGGCAUUGGCAAUAAUCCUACAACGCUUCUCAUUUGAGCUUUCUUCAUCAUACACUCACGCUCCGACCUCCAGUAUAACAAUCCAGCCCCAACAUGGAGCUCAUGUCGUCCUACACAAACUAGAGUAAUUGUCAAGGAUCUCGCGUCAAAAAGAUCAAGAAACAGAUUUAUAGUAAUACAUAUGUUACCUCUCUCAUUACCAAUUGAUUUUGAGACGUAACCUCAUGAAUAUUUAGUUAUGUAUAAUUUCAAAUCCUUAGUUUUACACAUCUCAUUCCUGGUCUCUUCUCUUUGUCAUUUUUACAAACACUUCAUCUGCAACUGCUGUGGCUUUUUCUCCUAAAUCCUUUUGUUAGUUACUACUUUUUAGCAUAAUAAAUACGACGGCUAACAAUGAUUGUGUAUCA